GAGGAUUUCUUCUUUAUUCAUUGUACGUUACCAAAGUGGACGCUUCGUUUGUUUGUGCGUUUUGAUCGAUAAUUAUGAAAGAAAGUUAGGGACAAACAGGUCGUGGUUUAGUGUUUGUGAUGUAGAAUCAGAGUAAUGAUCAAGGUGAUAACUGCACAACUUGCCCAGAGUUCUUCGUGCACUCCCGAAUGAAGAUCAUGUCACAAUACUGAAAGUUAGACUAUGUCUAAGAGAAGAUAAUGAAGUACAGCUUUUCGUUUUUUCUACUGGCUACCUUCUACCUUUCCUCGUCGGCAACUCAGGACACAAACUUGGCAAAAGGCACGAAUCAUGUCGAAGAAAUUGGAAACAAAUUGAGGAGCUACUGGCUGUGGAUCACUCAGAGUAAUCAAGACACUUUUGUAGGACGAUGCGUGGGCGCCAUCAAGAAGUUGCAUUUGGUUAUGAAUUUUGUGGUUUUCAAGUUGGGAGUUAUUGUGACAGCUCUGGCGUUUUUGUCUAUCAUGAUGUUUAAGAGUCUAGGAAUGGGUGUUCUGAUAUUGAUCGUUACUUCCGUUGGUCUUGUUUCGAAAUUAUCAGUUUUGAAGCACGGCGCAGGCAGUAUUGAGCAUCAACCGCAGGCUUCGGUACAUCUACACGUGCAUAAUAAAGGACAAGCUUACUAUAAAGAGCCGCCCGUUUGGCAUGAUCGCUUCGACCGCCUUGCGCCAAAAGAUUCACUAGAAGAGCAAGCUCUAAAUGAUCUAUACAAAAGAAUAGGGUUAUCUACUUCUCAUGAUACUUUGAGUUGAUAUUUGUAUGAAGUUACUGUUGAAUAUUUAUUGUUGUAGUAAUGUGCCAAAUAUUGAAUAAAUUUAGUGCAAUUAAAUGUAUAUUGUAGGAUUAAAAAAAUGUUAAAACGCUA